AGACAUGAACAUCUUGGAUGACAUGGGGGUGAGUAAAUGAUCAGGAAAAGUUUAUUUGAAAGUCAACUAAUCCUUUAAGACAUGGAGUAUUCCUAUUUUAGUCGCAUUAUCGAAGUGCAUUAUAAACAUGUACACGCCUUAAUCACACUAUUAACGUUGUGUGUGAGUUUUCGCCGCAGUGUUUGACGGCAAACAACAGAGCAUAGCUUCAAGCAAGAAGGCACAAAUCAAAUUCAUCUCAUCUCUCAUCCUUUUGUGAGAGUUUGUCGAAAUGAUAUUUUUUCUUCAAGUGCAGUUCUUUAUUUGUCAUGCCAUACGUGCAAAUAGACGACUUUCUCCUGCAAUUGUACUUUCAUUUGGCAACAUUUCAACAAAAUAAAUUAUUACUGUGAAAGUCAUGCGAUUAUUAACCUGGAAUAUACUGUAAUUUCACACUAACACUGUUUGCAUUAAUGUUAAAAGUACUUUUUUUUUUUCAACUCUGCUUCGACAUCCAUUAUUUAUACUUAUAUUUAAAGAAAUGAUUUUGCUGUUUAAACAUCUCUUUUAAUGAUGACAGAUGCUGUGUUGGAUCUUCAUAUGCUACCAUUGUCUAUGUGAAAACAUUUUUAAAUGUAGCCUAAUGUGUGUUCUCCAUACCCAACAUACCCAUCUCUCGAUGAGCUCUUCCUUCAGCGGCUCAUUUGAAUAACAGCAGUGCCGUCUUUAAAGUUCAAUCAUGUUUGAAUAAACGCUGUAAGCCAGGGGUCACCAUUCCUGCUCCUGAAGGGCCGGUGUCUCUGCAGAGUUUAGCUCCAACCCUAAUCAUACACACCUGAAGCAGCUAAUUAAGGUCCAGAAUGAACCCAGAGAUGUGUGUCUUUGUCGUGUUGACAGGUUGGCAUGAUCAGAAUGUGGUCGAUGGAGAUCUCUGUCUGUCUGUAGGGCACAGACAUCAGUGUGUGACCUCAGGUAACAGGUGUUGUGAAGUGAGCAGGUGAAGACAGGCGCAGGCAGGUGAGGACAGUCAGUGAUCAUGCCCGUGUUCAAUGCGUCUGAUUGGCUGGACGAGUGUCUGCAGGCCAUACUGGAGCAGGAUUUUCCGGGCCGUAUGGAGCUGUCGGUGUAUGACGACAGCAGUACGGAUAACUCCAGAGACCUGAUCGAGGGAUGGAGGCAGAGGUUCGAGGACAGAGGCCUUUCCAUGGUGAUCUCCGGCCACAGCUCACCCAGUCCACGAGGAGUUGGAUUUGCUAAAAACCAGGCGGUGUGUCAGAGCUCUGGACGAUUCCUCUGCUUUCAGGACGCGGAUGAUGUCAUGAGGCCUCAGAGAGUUCGGCUACAGCAUGAAGCUGCCGCCGUCAAUCCCACCGCCAUUGUUGGUUGUAAAGUGUGUCGAGUUCCUGAAGGCUCCACUGAGCGCUACACCAGGUGGAUCAACUCUCUGAGUCCAGAGCAACUCCUCACACAGGUCUACACCUCUCACGGGCCGACGGUCAUCAUGCCCACAUGGUUCUGCUCCCGCGACUGGUUCCAGACAGUCGGUCGGUUUGACGAGGGAGGAAAGGGCGUUCCUGAGGAUCUGCUCUUCUUCUACCAGAGUCUUUGUCGCGGGGGGACUGUGGUCCGAGUGGACGAGUGUUUGCUGGUUUAUCGAUAUCAUGAACAUGCGGCAACACAUUCUGUGCUGGAAGACACCAUCUGGGACCUCCGCGUGGGCUUCCUGCAGGAGCGAGUGCUCAGCCAAUGGGAAUCGUUCACUAUAUGGAACGCUGGAAAACAGGGACGGAAACUGUACCGCAGCUUGAGUCCCACCAAUCAGAAGAAGGUGAAAGCGUUCUGUGACGUGGAUGAAAACAAAAUUCAGAAGGGCUUUUACACAUACGAGGAGUCAAAGGAGCGGCCGAAGCCCAAGAUUCCCAUCCUGCACUUCAGCAACGCAUCGCCGCCGUUUAUCGUGUGUGUGAAGCUGGAUAUGACACAUGGAGUCCUGGAGGAAAACCUGCUGUCGCUGCAGCUUAAAGAGGGAAUCCAUUACUACCAUUUCAACUGAAGACGGAGCGUGUCCGGCAGGUUUGGGCUGCACUAGGAUGACCUACAAAGACAGUCAGACCUCAGAGUUCCCGGCUUGAGAAACCUCUCACAUCCCUCUCGCACCUAAACUCAAACACACACAGGUGUCUGUUUGCAUUCCUGAUGGCCCAUGUCACUGGAUUUCUCCAUCGUUCCCGAAUGAACCCACACUCAGAAUAAACCCUUUUCCCGCGGACAUGCUCCCAAUCAGGUCCUCUUACCGGUCGAGUGUGCUGGAAUGGCCUGAAACUGUUGUGCAGAACUAAUAUUAAUCUUUUUUUCUUUUUUUUAUUUUAGUUAGGUUUUUUAUCUUAUAUUUAUAUUUUAUUUUAUUUUAUUUCAGCUUUAUUUAAAUGAACACUGUUUCAGUAUUACGCUGUUGUAUUUUAAAUCCUCGUGAUAUUAAAGUAUGUAUUUUUAGAAUUUU